AACAGACAAAGGCAGAGAAUCUAACUGGUUGUUGACGAGUGUUGGUGUCUGUCACGUACGCCUCUAGUGCAUCUCUUGUAUGUAGAAUUAAAUAAAAAUUUAUUUGAGAACUGGUAAUUCGUGUCGAGUGAGGUGUCCGAAGUUGAUUUCCGAGCGUUUUAUCAAGUGCGUGGAAAAUGUCAUCGUCGAAAUCGAGCUUAGAUGACCUUUUAGGAGAAUCUUGGGUUGACGUAAGUGCUGGAUCAACGUGCUAUCAAGGCGGGGGCACCCCGGGCUCCAUCACCCACCAGUUAAACGUCGAGGAUUAUUUGCGCCUCUUGCGCGAGGCCCAACGGGAGUCGAACCAGUCCUCGGCCCGCGUCUCCCUGGCGGGCUCGCGGCGGGACUCCCCCAGAAGCAGCCCCAAGUCGCCGCCGAACAGCCCCGUCCAAGGCACCCCGCUGAACCUAGAAUGGCAAUCAUACUACAUGAACUCUGAAGCCAAAGAUGAUGGAGAUUUCUUCAAUGAUUGGAGCAGUCGGCCGGAUCAGCUGCCGCCUAAAAACUGGUGUUUUAGGCCGCCGAAGAGGGACAUGCUGAGCAUUCGCUACGCUCGGGUUGGCAACACCAGUGUCUUUUCACGCAAAGGAUUGUGCACACUGUUUUUAACCAAUCUGGUAUCGCUCAUCCUGGGCACUGGCGUUGGACUGUGGCUUAGCAAACACGGCUUUUUCGUACCAGCGGUCAAAGUUCGCUAAGCGGGCUUGUUUAGGCACAGGAGGGUGGUUGACAUGCUAUUUUAUAUGCCUAUGUGAUUAUUUUCUAUAUUGUGGCUUGUGAAUGCUGCCUUGUGAAUGAGACUGGAAUUUUUCUACUACAUAUAAGCCUUCACAUUUAAGGCUACUUUAUACAUUAGGUUAUUGUCGAUUUAUUUCAACUGGAUCUAUAUUGUACUCUCAUUUUUACUUGGUUUGUGCUUGUUUCCUAAAACUCCUUAGGAACUCUCAAGCACUUGUGAUUUGUCAUCUCGACGUGUGCAGUGUCAUUAUUGCUCCUUCCUCCAAGUCUCGCAGCGUAUCUUAUUGAGCAAUAAGUAAAGUACAAAAUGUCACAGACCAAAUUUCUAUUUAGCACACUCAAAAAUUACACCACCACAAAGUGGUAUUGUAUGCUAAAAUAUAUAGAACAAUAAUGACGCUGUUCCAGAUUUUAUAUUCAACCAGUUACAGAUUUAAUAGAGCACCAGACCCGAAUUUCGUGCUCUGUUCGAUUUUAACUUCGUUGUCCUGGUGGGGUGUAAUUUGCCAUGUUAUGUUUGAUAUUUUUAUAACUUGUAUACUUUUCGGCUCUACCAGUGUAACGAUUAUUUAUGAAUUCAGUUCUCUGGUUUAGCUAGAAUGACUAUGAGUAACUUUAAUAAUAGAUUCUAGAUUUAAUAAUACACAAUUUGUGUUUGAAUAAUCACAAAUAAAUUUUUUUAUCAGUG